CACGACGUCCAGAUGCCGUCACUGGAUUAAUCUCUUCCCCUUUCCGGCACCGGGUUGUACGCAUAUCACAGAUAUAUGGGCAAUAUUUCUUUGUGUUAGAUUCCUGUUGCAUUACAGUUAGCACUGUGACAUCUGGAGGGAAGAUUUCUCACCAUAGUUCUGAGUCUCCGCUUGCCACGCACGGACUUCCAGCAUCGCCUUUGGGGUCGUGUGAUUUGUGACACGUCCAUAUAUUACACCACAUAAAAAAAAGAAUGGAACUGCUUCGAGGCGCUUUGUACAUGGGCGUUGUACUGUGCAUCAGCAUAAUCGUGGAAGCCAAUGUGGACCGGCCUGUCUCCUGGGAAGCGGUGGAAGCGGCACUACGGGAUGCCGAACGGGAAGCACUGGUGAAUGAAUUGUAUAAUUAUGAUGAGCGCGACAAACGAGGCCCGCUAAAUUUCCGCUUCCGUGGCGCUAAACGCAACGCCGAGGAGCCGGCUACGAGUGUACAGAUUGUGGCUGAUCAUGCCGCACCGGAAUCAUCCCGACCAAAACGCAGUCCCUACUCGUUCCGCUUCCGUGGAGCAAAACGGGCGCCUUCCAGUGGAUUCUUCGGGAUGCGCGGCAAGAAAGACGAGUGGGAUUCUUACUACAAUAACCAAUAUGAUGAUAUGAUGAUGGAAGAAAAACGAGGCCCAAUGAAUUUCCGCUUCCGAGGGGCGUAAAACUGGCCUGCUGUCUGAUUCGGUGAAACAGCUGUACGAUCCACAUACAAUCUUACCAUUCUGUCAUUCUGUGCUGCCAGAAGCAAGACCCGACAACAACUUCGUACUGUUGUACGUAGUGCUUACAGCCGUAGUCGCACGUUCGUUUGCAUCUUUGGUUUAAAUUAUUUAUAUUCCUUAUGCCACACCAAUUUUUGUUGCUUUACUGGUUACUCAGUUUCGUUUGAUUAAACGAAAUACAAUUUGCUUGAUUUUCUGAAUUUUGUAAACACCGUGCCUCCGAAAAAUGUGAAGUGUCGGUAAUGUUUACGGAAGUGAAUUUAAAUGCCGUUUGUUUACUACCUACACCGUCUGACCAUGCUGCUGCACUGUACAAUGUCACCAUCCCCAAGGAAAUAAAGGCAUCCGAAAGGUCAA